AUGGAAUCGAAAACAUACUGCUUGAGAUUAAAAUGUACGGAUGGCUAUUGUUCUGAUGAUGAAGGACGUUUGAUGGUUGAUGUAUUUCGUGGCUAUAAUUCGUUAAUACAACCCGUUAGAAAUCUUAACGAAACACCACUUAUCGUUAAAAUUGCUCUGCAAUUAGUUUUGCUAAUUAAUGUUGAUGAAAAAGACCAAGUGAUGCAUACAAAUGUUUGGCUUACAUUGAAAUGGCAUGAUUUUCAAAUGAAGUGGAAUCCUGUCGAUUACGGUGAAAUACAAAAUAUUAGAGUGGCUCCUGAUAAAGUUUGGCUACCUGAUAUAGUACUUUUUAAUAAUGCCGACGGUAAUUAUGAAGUAUCAUUCAUGUGCAAUGUAGUCAUAAAUUAUAAAGGAGAUAUGUUGUGGGUACCACCAGCAAUAUAUAAAAGUUCAUGCAUAAUAGAUGUUGAAUUUUUUCCAUUCGAUGAACAAACCUGCCAUCUGAUAUUUGGCUCAUGGACGUAUAAUGAAAAUGAGAUCAAACUGGAAUUCGAACAAGCAGAAUGGAUCGAUUUAUCCGAAUAUGCGCCAAGUUCAAUUUGGGACGUUAUGGAUGCACCUGCUUCUUUAGUCAAUAAGCGCUCACGAAUUGAAUUUCAAUUGCGAAUCAGAAGAAAAACUCUAUUUUACACCGUUGUAUUGAUCAUUCCAACUGUAUUAAUGGCUUUUUUAAGUAUGGCUGUCUUUUUCCUUCCAACCGAUUCAGGUGAAAAGAUGACGUUGACCAUAUCAGUUUUGCUAUCAAUCGUUGUAUUUCUUUUAUUAGUGUCAAAAAUUCUUCCACCAACCUCAUCAACAAUUCCCCUUAUGGCAAAAUAUUUAUUGCUCACAUUUGUGCUCAAUGUUAUCACAAUUCUUGUUACUGUGAUUAUAAUCAAUGUAUAUUUUCGUGGUCCAACGACUCAUCGAAUGCCGAGAUGGGUGCGUACCAUUUUUCUUCAGAUAAUGCCGAAAUUAUUGUGUAUGCAGAGGCCAAAACAAAUUAAACGAAAAAAAUCGAAAGUGAAUGGUUCGAUGAUGGCAACAUCAUUACCUGGUAUCGGUGAAUUCACAAUAAAUCCUGCUGCCCACCACCCAUUCUGCCCAUCUGCCGAUGAUACAAGGCGUCAACCACCUGCAAUCGAAUUAACACAUGUUGAUAGCGUUCAACAGAUGGAGAAAGAUCCAACGACAAGUGCUUAUUAUCCACUCAGUGCUGACGCUUUGCGAGCAAUUGAUGCUAUCGAAUAUAUCACAAAUCAUCUAAAACAAGACGAAGAAUAUAAAAUGUACCGAGAUGACUGGAAAUACGUUGCAAUGAUUAUCGAUAGGCUAUUGUUAUACAUAUUUUUUGGUAUCACCUUAGGAGGUACAUGCGGUAUCCUUUUCUCAGCCCCUUAUGUCUUUCAAGGAGUCGAUCAACGAGCUGUAUUACAGCGCCUUAUUCAUUUAUAUAAAAAUGGCGGCGAAAUAUGA